AGAUCAAAUGAACUUAUUCUCUGUUGGGGUACAUCUCAAGUAAGAUAGUGACAUGUGAUCGUAAUCCGCUAGUCAGUUCAACUUCGGAUUACGUACGAUUGGAUGGAAAGAACCCAGGCGGAUCACUUUGAGUAAUCUAAAAUCACCAUGAACGCCUACGAUUUGUCUGAUGCUUUGUCAUCUGGAGAUAUUGUGCGUGAACGUGGUGUCAGCCGGAGUGAAGCACAUCGCCGUUCAAUUUCCAGUAUGAGUACCUGUUCAAUAACCUCGCAGAAGAGUUCUCGAGUUCCGGUGUCAACGCGCAUCUUACGUCCUCCCUCCGCGCAGAAGCUUCUUCCCUCUGGUGAAAAUGGAUUCCCGAAGAAAUCCUUAUCGAAUGUGCAAUUUGGUCGGCUGAGGCAUCUGACCAAUCUACGUGAUCGUGAGAUAUCCAACAAUGUACCACUUGAACUUGAUUUGGAAACUGACGAUCAUUUGGAUGAACCUGACGUCAGUUUCGUGCGCGUGGCUCGUGUGUACGGUAGAUCUGGUAAUCGUCGUGGACAUUUCUGCCAUGAUGACGACGAUCGACGACGGAUGGACUAUGAAAGACAUUGUGUAUCCCCCUUGAACGUCUAUCCCCAUCGUGCAAGACGCGUGGAGAGUAUACACAGGUAUGCGGUUCGCUGUGAUCGUGAAAAUGAUGAACGUCUUCAGAGACGCUUGAUUGCUAUGAACGAUGGGAUUUCGGAUGGUCGAUUUUACAAUGCGUCUCGCUCCAGCAAUCAACGACCGAUCGAUGGGAAAAUUUUUGCGAAUCCGAUGGAAUCAAUGACUGUUCCUGCACGCACUUCUCGGCUUGCGAACCCGUCGCAGGUAGCAUUCUUCAAUACAAUCAACGUCGGAAACUUGAAGGACAACAUCUACUUUAUCUCUGGAGACGCUAAUUCCGAAUCAUCUCCGGCUGGAUUGAAACGUCGACCGAAAGUUGCCCCGAAUCUUCCUGGGUCACCGAAGAAACGCCGCUUUACUCCAGAUGUAUCCGAAUGUUUUAAGUGUCCUGAUUGCUCAUUUAUAAGUCUUUUCGAGGAGGAUGUAGUGCGUCACGUGGAAGAAUUUCAUCAGGAUGAUUAUCGUCAAGCAAGAAAUCCUACUAGCAUUGCUGACGUUGAAGUACGGUGCAUGGAUUGUUCUGAAAUUUUUUCCUCGAUCGGGGAAUUGAAACGCCAUGUUUGGAAAAGCCAUGGUACAGGGAAAAUCAUGUUUCAAGCUGUCCCUGUUCAGGUUGAGAACUCCACGGUGUGGGACUCCGAUGAAGAGGAUAGAUCCAACGAUUCACCAUUUUCACGAAUUGAUGAAGAUUCACCUGCUUGUCAUGAAUGGUCACCCGUCUCUGAAUAUUCCGACAAUAUCGGCGUUGAUUCUGAGCAGAACGAUUCUAAACCGUCAAUUGCUGAUUCCGGACUUGGUAAUGGCAGCGACUGUUCCUCGCCUCCGCCGGGUUCUUGCGACGCACGGGUGUUCGAAUGUGGCGUUCAACAUUGCCGGGUGAAAUUUGCUUCUCUCGAGGAUGUUCAGACCCAUCGAAAAUGCCAUAAAGACGGCGUAUUCAUUUGUCAGACCUGCCAAGAAACGUAUUCUGAAUGGGUGAAGCUUUCUAUGCACAUGUGGAAGCAGCACUCAAUCGACGUUGGUUUGCUCAAAUGUCGUCUUUGUAAAUUCAAGCAUGCAUCAGAAAAUGGAAUCAAUGCUCAUCAAUCGGUGCAUCAGCGGUAUCAAAUCCAUUGCAGUAUCUGCGACCGUAACUUCCGGAGUUCAGAAUCAUGCCAGAAGCACAUGGUGAAAUUUCACCAAAGCGAGCAGAUAGAAUUCAGUUGCACGGACUGUCCUCGACGGUUCUUCAGCCACCGUCUGCUCAUGCGUCAUGUAGACAGAACUCACCUGAAAUUGCGGGAUUUCAAGUGUUCCGCCUGUUCGGCAACUUUUGUCGAUAAACACCGUCUAGAAAUUCACGUUAGGUCGCACACAGGAUCAAAGCCGCUGUGUUGUAAUCAAUGCUCAUUUCGCACUCGCCAUCCAUCGAAUCUUGCCCGCCAUCUGAAGAACCACGAUGGAGCAACACCGUACUCCUGUCCUGAGUGCUCCUUCAAGUCCAUUCAUCCCCAUCCAUUCAAGUCGCAUGUGGCAAAAAUGCAUCCAGACAAAGUUGCGACGAUUCUCAGCGUUUGCCCGGUGUGCUGUAAGAACUACAUGAACGCUGACACGCUUGCCAGGCAUUUAGUAAGCGUUCAUCCUGAGUAUCGUUGCGUUUCUCCAAAAGUGCCUCGCGACGAUACAUCAUCUGCUGCGAUUUCCGAGCAAAUCGGAAAUGAUCCAACUGCGUCCGCAGUCGGUGAUGCUCAGACACUCACUGAUGAAUUACACGUUGAUCCUGAGGUGGUCGAAUGGUUUUUGACGACCCCUAACGGGAAUAUUGAAGUUCUACCCAUGGGACACCCUGAUUACCAUAUGUUGGACGCCGUUCCGGUAGGCGAAUUGAACCUGAAUCCGGAAAGCUUCGAUUCUGAGUUGGAUUUGAAACAGGCCGAAAUUCAGAACGCUUUGAGAUGUGGCUCGGAAAUCGAUGCCCGUACGCUUGAGGCAACUGAGGUGGAAGUACAUUCCUUCCGCGUUCUACUCGGUUGGUUCCUUGUCGUCAACGCUUCUUUUUUGCUCGAGUGUGAUGCGAAUACCCGUGUUGAUGGCAUGUGGUUGUCGAUGGAGAUUGAGGAAAUCGGUGAUGGUGUGGGUGUAAUUUUGUUGAAUCUAAGCCGGAACGCUUGA